AUGUCUGUGCUGGUGCUGGAGCCCGUGGAGAAGAUGAUGCGCAAGGUGGAGGCCAUCCGGGCGAACCCCCUGAAGGCCACCAAGAUCGCGGACGACGAGUUCCAGCGGGAGGCGCCGAUGCGCCGAUCGAUCGACUCGCCGCGCGUCGCCGAUGCGCUCGGCUCGGGUCGCGUGGCGUAA